AGCCAGAUGCGUGGGUGGGUCGUUGCAGAGAUGGAACGACGAAUCUCCUUUUGGCUCAAGAGAAGAAAAGAAGGCAACGAAGGAGACGAGAAAGACCCGUGGUCACAUGGUUGUGGAAGCAACCAGCUAUAGUAGCAUCGCGCCCGGCUUCGUUUUACUCUUCCCCCUUCGCUUGUAUAUAUCGUUCUUCGUUUUCGUUCAGUGUUUAAACUCAUAUACUGUAUAGUUUGCUCUCUAUACUCUAAGCUGUCAGUGUGCCUCGUGCAGUGUUCUACUAACUGUGCUUGUCUUGUUACUGUUGUUCAUUCUUGUAUAUAUCAUCACAUUUUCUCCACGCUACGUUAUUCCUUUCAAAAACAAAACCAGUUUUUUUUUCAAAUGCAGUUCCGUUUUUUUUUCAUUGAAAUUUCAUUAAAGAAAAAAAAAAAAAAUACUGUCCUUGACCAAGUGCAAAUGACAAUGAAGGAUAAUUACAAUCUUCUCAGUUAGAAAAAAAAUUCGGCUACUAUUCAUCCUUGACGAAGAAAAUAUCAUGGCUGUUGACAAUCCGUCGUACUUCUCGCUAUCGAGCGGGGGUACAACAGAUGCUGGACCAUCGUCCCUUAAUUCUGGAUUAACAUCAAGAGGUUUCAGUUCAUUUUUUCGGAGAAAAAAUUGCAAAAUGGGCUCAACAUCAUCGGCAAGUGUCACAUCAACAUCAACAACAUCAACAUUAAUGCGUCACGAUAGUAAUAGAAGUAGUUUUUCAAAUUCAUCAACAACAAUCGAGGAACAUGUUCCAACGGGUCAAAAUCAAAGUUUAAAUUUUAGAAAUUUAUUUCGUUCAAUGAGUGCAAAUAAUGCUGAUCAUGAGAGGACACAACAAUUUUUAAAAGGUGAUCCACGUCCAUCUGAUGUUGCACCACCAUCGCCAUAUUUACCCCAUAGAUCACAUUCACAUUCAGAAAAUGAUCGCCGAAGACCAAGGAGACGUGUUCUUAAAUCGGCAAGUGAACUUUUAAAUAAUGACAUGAUUUAUUGUGGCCUACCAAGUGAUGAUGUUGUUGAUGGAAGAAAUGCAAAUGAUGAAGUUGAUAAUUCAGGUGAAGUGUUUCUUGGUGUUGAUGAUGCGAGAUAUUAUAAUUUAUCAUCAACAUUGCCAGCUGAAAGAAGAAGACAUUCAAUAGGAACAUUUUUGGCUAAAGAAAGAUGUGGUGGCGUGUGUUUUGGAAGAAGAAAAACACAAGAACCGGAAGUUCUUGUUGAACCAAGUGUAAUGGCGCCACCAAUUCCAAUUAAUGGAGGUGAAGUGAAGAAACGUCGGACAAAUUCAAAAACAAAGAGAAAAAGACAGAGGUGCUGUGUUAAAGGAACUCGUCAUGGAUCGAUACCAACACCAAAAGAAGAAACAACAACAAUUGAAGAUGAUGUUGUGAUAAUUUCUAGUCGAGAGAGUGAAGCCGCAACAUUGUGGGUGAAUUAUCUCACUGGAAGUUUUGAACAAAUCAGCAGGCAACAAGGACGACCACCAUUCAGAGUUCGACAUAUAACAGUGGAGGAUUCAUUGACAACGAAUACUGAGGAUAAAUUAAAAUCUUCACGUUUGCAAAUUGUUGUCAUAUGUCCAUUUCUUUUGAAACGAAUUUUAACGCGUCCUGAACAAGCAAUGAAUCUUUCUAGGCAUCUGGUGCCGGACAAAGUUUUGGCAAUGAUGCUUGGCGUACAAGAGGAUCAUCUAACAUCUGGCCAUAAAUCGGCUUUAAUUUCAUUUCAAAAUUGGAAAAAAUUUCCAGUCAAAGAUCAAGAUGAGGAUUUUGUAUGUCAAUUUUUUGGCGCUGUUUUUGCUAUUUUAGGCAAUGCUCCACCAACGACACUUAAAAGUGAUAAAACUUCAUUUACAAUACAUCCAAAAAAAGUGAAACUGGGACACAGUAAAGUUAUUGCUCUAUUGAACGAUCCCUUGAAAAUUGAGGAUAAUGUUACAAUAAUUGUCGAUCGUUGUGGUGAUGCGAUAGAUGUGAGCAAUGUGAAGAGACGAAAUCCUUAUACACUACAGUUUUCUAUUCCCGAUAAGUGUUUAGAAAAAUCAAUGUUAGUUGGAGUGAGAAUUGCGAAAAAUGGCUGUCCCCUUGGAGUUCGUCAAAUUAAAUGUGAAAGUCGAUUAAGAGAAUUGGAUCAAAUAUUACGAGCACACGAUAAUCCUUUAGAAUUUAUGUGCCAGACAAUUGGCUUCAGUCCAGGAGAUCGAGAACAAUUGGAUAAUUGGAUGGUCCAUGCGUUCAGGCGAAAUUUGCCUCCACAUUUUAAUCUUCUUUCAACUCCAAGUGGAACGAUUCCAGCCACCAAGAAUUAUACCAGUCCAGAUGAAUAUCCAACUUUGUUGCAUUUUGCUGCACGAUUUGGUCUUGAGAAAUUGGCAUUUCAACUUUUGGAGAGUCCUGGUGGUGAACAGGCCUCGGAUAUUAAGAAUGUUUCAGAAUUGAGUCCAGCUGAUUUAGCUGAACAAGCGAAUCACACUCGAUUGGCUCAACAACUUCGCAGCUACAUGCAAAUGAAUGAAUUCACCAACAUUUAUAGUUAUCUGAAAAUUAUGAGCGAAACUCCAGUUGAAGAAACAGGAAAUGAAAGUGCAUCGUCUUUUUUGCGAAACGACGAAAAUGACGAUAAAGAGGAUUAUUGUCGUCCGAGACCAAUUAGUGAGGCUUAUUCAGUUCCGCCUGCAGCAAGGCCAAUUACUGCAUCAUUGACAAGUUUCACAACACCUCCUCCUGAAUUGCCACCGCCAAAUCCCACAAUUAAUUCUCUAAUUGAGGGAAAUUAUUCUAUAGCACCAUCACCAAUUCCCAUUAACGUGCCGUUGACUCCAACUUCGACGCAUCAUUUUAAUGAAUUGGAACAAACAUUCGCUGGAUAUUUACAAAUGCAUCCAGCAGGAUCAAGAACACCAAUUCUGUCAAGUACACCAUCAUCAUCGCGUUUAACAUUACAAUCAUCACGUCAAGAUUGUUCGUCAUUGGGAAUUCGUGAGGAAUUUCAUUACGAUAAAUCAUCAUCUAGUUCGAAAUCCCGUGAAAAUUCAGGACCACAGGAUGAGCUUUUGGAAAUUUUAAAUGAUUUUAAAAAUAAUGUCUUUACAAUAUCGGAACUUGAGAGACUUGUUGAUAAUUGGAAAAAUCGAAAUGAUGUACAACAAAGUUUUAAGGAUAAACAACGACAAUUAACAGCAAUGAGAGAGGAAUACGAGAGAAUUCAAAAGAAAAUAAAAGAUGACAUGAAAGCACCCACACCAUUUGAUCGAAUACGUAAAUUAUUCUCAAAAGGAAAGAAAGAUUCCUUGAAAGAUUCUUCGCAUGCAAAUGAUGAUUCAUCAUCGACGAGUAAAAGCGAAAAUAUCAAUGGAACACUCGCUGAUCGAAGACCGGUUAGCAGUUUGAGUCUUCAUAGUGUUUCAAGUUCCUCGUCUUCUGGUCGAAUGAGUACAGUCAGUGGUUGUAGUGGAACGAGUCUUGGAGAUAGUGGAACUCAUUCUGACACUGAGGACAGAAGGAUACAAAAUUCGAGAGAGGAUAAAUCGGGAAUGACAUCAUAUGAAAUUCCACCAGCACCAAAACCAUUUACUGGAAGAUAUUCACCUGCUCGUUAUACACCUUCACCUCGUGCUCCAAUCAACAAUGAAGUUGAAUUUCGAAGUCCUCAAAGUAAUGAACAUUAUAUUGCUUUUCCACCUUCCGGUUUACCAGUUCACUCUUUCAAAGCAGAUGGAUCAUUAAGAGAGCAAAAAACGCCAUGUUCACCAAUUGAAGAUUCAGACUAUCUCGAUUUAGAUGAAUCAAAAAAAUCACACAGUUACACAAAUUUAAAUCCAUCUUGUUCGAUAACAGCACCACUUCCUCCUCCACCACCUCCACCUGGUAUGUGCAUUCCCUUUGAGUACAUGAAUAUUGUACCAACAAAAAAAGUUUCAACUCCAAAUGCAACUUUAGAAACAAAAAUCGAUAUUAAACUCGCAAUGGAUCUUUCAUCAAUAAUUGAUCAGGAAAUAAAUAAAAAUAAAAUGGAAAUUUUAAAUGAAAAUAAUUUCACACUCAAAGAAGUUUCGAAAAUUGAAAAUGAUGAAAGUAUAUUGAAAAUUGAGGAAACGUCAAAUAUUGAAAAAGAUAUGGAAACCGAUCUCAUUAUGAGACAUAGAGAAAAUACAAUAAAACACAAUGAGUCUAAUGAACAAAAAUUAGAAGAAAUUUCUCAAGAUAUUGUUGAUGGAAUUACAAAUACGGAUGUUCAUGAUUAUAUGAAUAUUCGACCAUCGAAUGAAGGUGUUCAAAUUGUUGGAGUUGUACAGAAAAAAAUAGCUCCACCUGUUCCUCCAAGAUUUACUCCAGUGAAAAAAUAACAAGAUUGGAACUUCAAUUCUAAAAAUUCAAGAGGCCUUAUAUGUAAAUAAUGCAAAAAAAUAUAAAACACUUAAAAAAAAUAAUUUAAAUUAUAUUGAGCAGAUUAUAAGUUAUUUUUUAUUAUUCACAUCACGCUUAAUAUUUAUAUUAUAUUUAUAAUAAAAAAGAAAUUCCGCUUAACAAAUUUAUGACACUAUUUUCAAAAAUGGCAUAAUUCAGAAAAAAAAAUUUAAUUACUGUCUAUCAUUGAUUGGAAAAAACGUGAAAUAUACAUGUUUCUUGCAGUAAAUAAUGGAAACCGUCCUUGAAUUAUAUAAUAUUUAUAAGUUCCCCCCCCCCUAAUAUUUAAUUUCUUAAUGCAAAAUAAUUUGUUUACAUAUAUAAAUUUAUAUACUGUAUAGGUAUUUAAUUAAUUAAUAACAAUUUUGUUAUUAGUAUUGAAGAAUUUUAUGUGGUUUAUAUACUUUGUGCCAUCUAUAUUAAUGCUUAUUUUGUUUAAAAUACGAUCAUUUAUUUAAGUCGCGCUAUAAUUAUUAUUAAAUAAAUAAAUAAAAAUAAUAAUUAUGAAAAAAAUAAAUUUAAUUGCAAUUAAAAAUUAUGUUUUAAAAAUAUCGUGUAUUUUUUAUAUUUUAUUAUUUAUAAAUUAUGUGAAAAAUUUUAUCGUGUUUUUUUAAUUUCUUACAGUAUUUAUGUUAGAUGUAAAGAAUAAUAAUAAAUGAUCGUAUUUUUUUUAAGAAAUUAAAUUUGAACGUCAGUUCAAAAAAUAUAUACAAAGCUAGCGAGCACCAAAUCAAACUUUUUAAGUAUUUUGGCAAUUCUGCCAAAAAUUUGUAUUAUAUUUUUUCCUUUCUUUUUAUUUUCUUAUACUAUUUUUUAUUAUACAUACAUAUAUUAAUUUUACGUAUUAUUAUUAAUUUUUAAUUUAAUGUAAUAAAAUAUUUUUGACAAAAACAAAAGAAUCAAGACUGUAAAAAGUAAAUAGAAAUUAUUAUUUUA